GCGAGCCAUACCUUAAUUUUAUGAAACGAAGCAAGAUGAUCGUUCCAAAAGAGCUACAAAUACGUCAGAAUGGAUUGUUUUUUAUUUUAAAUACUAUUCUCAAAACCAAAUGAGCGUUUUUAAUUGGCAAGAAGUUUUUACAGCCUCCAUGUCAGGUAAUAAACCCACAUACCUCUUGCAACCCUGUUGUACCAACCCAUCAACCAUAAAGGCACGUAUGCACGGUCAAACCACCUAUCAAUCAUUAAGGGGUCAUAACACUGUGCACUUUUAGUCAUUACGGAAAAAACCUUAUAUGCUCCAUCUCGUUUCAAUAUUGCUCGCCAUUCCAAAAUCGAUCAUUUUUGUCGGUGCGCUACAUACAAGAUUAUUUCAGAAGAUGACUCGCUUCACUAAUGUACGCAAACAAGCUGAGGCAAAUAAUUACCCGCUGACGUGCAGAUUAUGCAGCAACAAGCAUCCCUUAAGAGUAUGCCCAAUAUUUCGUGCCAAAAGACCAGAAGAACGCCUGCGUGACGUUCUGAUCCAUCGCUAUUGCACGAAUUGUUUAUCGGGGAUACAUCGUGCAGCACACUGCACUAACCCAGGGAGAUGUCGACGCUGUAACGAAGAACACCACACCAUGCUCCAUAUUGACAACGUGAGCGAUGGAGCAAGACGUCAGCGACGAUCAAGGAGGCCAAUAAAUGACAAUGACAGUGCUGAUGCGCUUUCACUAGAUGCGUCUGAGGUCGGAGCGGAAUCGAAUGCUUUCCGCCCAGACCUGGAGGAGGAAGAAAUGCCAGUCGCUGGAGCGGAAACUAAUGCUUUCCGCCCAGAUCUAGAGGAGGGGGAUAUGCCAGAAACUGGAGCGGAAACUAGCGCUUUCCGCCCAGAAGAAUCAACCGGAAUGGAGUCAAACGCACUCCAUCUGGACUCGGCUAGUGAAGUGGAGCUGGAACCCCAGCGCUACGGGCAGCUCUUGAGAUAUGAGCAAAGAGAGCUAAGCGGAAAGGAAAUGAAAACUUUCCAACCGCGAAACGAAUGGCAUCGUCUUCAAACUCGACGACUGAACAAACGACCGCGUCAUCGGCGACAGCAGGGAAGAGUGGAGUCACAAGCAUUCCACCUUCCGCCUAGAACCGGUUUCCGGUCCGGUAUGGUCCAGGACCUCCGAGCCCCGGUACAUCCGAUUCAAGCCCUCACAUCUAUCGCGCCGACAGCUGUGGUCAAGAUAGAAGCAGCGGGCCGCCUACAUUUGGUUCGAGCCGUAAUUGAUGCGUGCGCUUCAACGUCCAUAAUCGCCGAAGAUUUGGCGAGGGAAUUAAAUCUUGGGGUAACUGCAAUAAAUUCCCAGAGGGGCUAUUUCAUUAAGUUGAGAGGAAAGCAUGGACACUCAGCCACCGUUACGACGCACGCAAUUUGCAUUAAAAAUUAUCGGAAGCGGACACCAAUUACUAGUUUGGACGCUACCGUAGUCGCCGCUUAUUCGAACCUGAAGCUCACGGACCCGCGCUUCCACAUCACAGCACCAGUCCGCUUAGUAUUAGGCGCCGAAGUCUUCCCCAAAAUCCUACUCGGCGGGUACUCUCGGCCCGCUAUUAGCACAGAACACCAUCUUUGGAUGGGUCCUGUCGGGCGCUUGUUGAACUUUUUUUUUUGCUUCUCAUACUUUUACCAAAAAUGAAUUAAAUACACACUGAAUUGUUUUACUUAUUUUAUUGAAUAAAUGUGCAGUUGAAUUUGAAACCCACGUCCUUUAUUUUUAAACUC